AAAACACGGUGCCGCGUCGGGUGUCGUUAUAGACAUCACUUCGAAUUGCCGCGAUAUAUUUUAUUGCUUGUUUAACCAUGGACAAGCUUGAAGCAACGCUAGAGAUAAUCGACCGGGCACUGACCAUGUUUAGGCCCGACGAACUGUUCGUAUCGUUCAACGGUGGCAAGGACUGUACGGUGCUAUUAGACAUUAUCCACAAUAUGAACCGAAAGGAAGCGAAACGGAUCAAAUGUAUCUAUGUUCGUCCCUUGAAUCCUUUCAGUGAGAUCGAAGAGUUUGUGGAAGUUUGUAGGGAACACUACGGCAUCUCGAUAGCGACCGUCACUGGCGGCAUAAAGACGGCGCUUGAGGCCAUCUGCCAGGAGGAUCGCCAGAUCAAAGCCUGCAUCAUGGGCUCACGGAAAACGGAUCCGUACUGUGAACGGCUGGAACCGUUCAAGGAAACCGACGAAGGCUGGCCGAAGCUGAUGCGCAUCAAUCCACUGCUCGAAUGGACGUGUGACGAUAUUUGGAGCUACAUUCGCGAUCGCAACGUGCCCUACUGUUCUCUAUACGAUCAAGGCUACACGUCGAUCGGUGACAGAACAAACACGAUACCGAAUCCUCAUCUGAAGAUCGAAACGAGCAGCGGAGACGAAACGUACCACCCGGCGUACACUUUAAAGGAUGCGGAUAAGUACGAACGGGCUGGUCGUCUAUAGCGUUGCACAACGGAACUAGGUACGAAUUGUGACGCCGAACUGC